AUGACUGAACAGUCUACCUGGAUCCCAUUUACUCGCGCAACAGCUCUUGGCUGGGUUCCAUUAACGAACAAUCCUCUUCCUCACUUAAAGCUUAAUGAUGAAACUACACUAACUAAUGAGUUACUUCAUUUAAACAUUAGUGGAGUUAAAUUUGAUGUUUAUCGAAGCACACUCGAAAAAUUUCCUGAAACUCUACUUGGCUCAGACGAAAAGGAAUAUUUUUACAAUGAAGAAACUCAAGAAUACUUUUUUGACCGAGAUCCAGAUAUUUUCCGUCAUAUACUUAAUUACUAUCGUACAGGCCUUCUUCACUAUCCAAAGAAUGAAUGCGUUUCCGCUUAUGACGAAGAGCUAUCUUAUUUUGGUAUUCUUCCAGAUAUUAUGGGUGAUUGUUGUUAUGAGGAGUACCGUGAUAGAAAGCGGGACAUUAGUGAGAGGCUAAUGGAUGACAGAGAAGAUGAAAACAUUAUUCUCACUCCCUGCAAAACCUUCCGCGAACAUUUAUGGAGAAUAUUUGAAAAUGCCCAAUAUUCCACCUCGGCUCUCGUUGUUUACUACGUCUGUGGCUUCUUUAUUGCAGUUUCAGUUACCGCAAAUAUAAUCGAAACAGUGUCCUGUGGUCUUGAUCCCAAAACCGGUCGCUAUCCCUCCUGUGGAGAAAGAUUUAGCAAAGGGUUCUUCUGCCUGGAUACUGCAUGUGUACUAAUAUUUACCAUAGAGUAUUUAGCCCGAUUAUAUGCUGCUCCAGAUAGAUUUAAAUUCUUUCGCUCAGUUAUGGCAAUUAUAGACGUUGUCGCUAUAUUCCCUUACUACGUUGGUUUGGGCCUUCCGGAAAAUAAAAAUCUCUCUGGAGCGUUUGUGACGCUUCGAGUGUUUCGAGUAUUUCGAAUAUUCAAAUUCUCUCGGCAUAGUCAGGGUCUUCGGAUUCUGGGUUACACUCUCAAAUCCUGUGCCUCGGAACUUGGCUUUCUACUUUUCUCCCUUGCAAUGGCUUUGAUAAUUUUUGCAACCGUGAUUUAUUAUCUUGAAAAAACGGAUGUCGACACCCGAUUUACAAGUAUUCCUGCGGCAUUCUGGUACAUUAUUGUCACCAUGACAACGCUAGGGUAA